UCCUCCUCUUCUGCCCUCGUCUUCCUCGUGGUACACUUCUGUACCAUUCGAACCGUCGCGCUGUGCUAAACAGUUCAGGCCAACGCUGUUACUUUUUGUGCUGCAGUCAUGGCCGCUGUUUCCGUGUUUCGUGUGGCUGUCGUGCUGUUCUUUUGCAGGCUUUGCAGAGCUGCAGGGGAUAAGAGUGAGCCAGACCUCCACGUCUUCGGCCUACUCAAGGAGAAGUCCGAGGCUGAGUUGAUCUUCUUGCACUCAGCUUGCAGAAACAGCCACAACAACAUCCAGGUGGUGCGAGGAUGGUGCACGUCGGCCAGCUGCGUCGGGCUGGGCCUUCUGAGGGACCGCCUGGGGAGCCUGCCCGAGGACGACUGGGUCAUCCUUAGCGACCUGAGGCAAGGCUUCACUCACGUGAUGGCAAGACCGAAGGACGUGAAGGAUCAGCUGAACGCCUCAGGGCACUCGUUGAUCCUGGUCCCCGCAGCCCUACACGCCGGGGCUGAAGGAGGCGAUGGAGAAGCAGAUGGCGGAGCGCUGAAGAAAGAAGAAAGGGAGAAGGAGGGAAGGAGAAGGAUGGUAUUGGGAAUGGAGCCUGAAGACAUAUCAGGCAUUAUUUCCUUUAGCACUACCUUCAAGUGUGCCAGAAUUCAACAUUUUCAGUAG